UAGUGAGGAAAAGAAGCAGUGCGUUGUUCUUGCCUUCCCUUUCCAGCUUCCUUUGUCCCCGAAGAGAUGCACAGAGCAUUUGUUCGAUCCAAAACCCUAAUCCCCGUUGCUUCCCAUCGCAUCUUCUUCUCACCAGCAGUGCCCCUGCACUUGCAAAACCAAAAGCAACAACACGCUUUCCACUCCUCCAAUAACGACACUGGGAAAACCCCAUCAUUCGGGUCACCAACAAGAGUCCAGAAACUAAUAGCUUCCCAAUCAGACCCUCUUCUCGCCAAAGAAAUCUUCGACAUAGCCUCUCGCCAACCCAACUUCCGCCACACUUACUCCACCUACCUCAUUCUCCUCCUCAAAUUCGGUCGCUCCAAACACUUCUCUCUCCUCGACGAUCUCCUCCGUCGCCUCAAAUCCGAUUCUCACCCCAUCACCCCCACCCUCUUCUCCUACCUCAUUAAAAUCUACGCCCAAGCCAAUUUACCCGACAAAGCCCUCAAAACCUUCUACACCAUUCUCCACUUCAAUUGCAAGCCUUUAACCAAACACCUUAACCGCAUUCUCCAAACCCUCGUUGUUCACCGCGUCUACCUUCGCCCUGCCUUCAACCUCUUCAAGGAUGCUCACCGUUACGGCGUCCAACCCGACACGAAAUCCUACAAUAUUCUCAUGCGUGCAUUCUGUCUUAACGGGGACAUUAGCAUUGCCUACUCCCUCUUCAACAAAAUGUUCAAGAGAGACCUUGUUCCGGAUAUCGAGUCUUACCGCAUUUUGAUGCAAGCCUUGUGUAGGAAGAGUCAAGUCAAUGGAGCAGUUGACCUUUUUGAGGACAUGUUGAACAAAGGCUUUGUUCCGGAUUCUUUGACUUAUACCACUUUGUUGAAUAGUUUGUGCAGGAAGAAGAAGCUCAGGGAGGCUUACAAGCUUCUUUGUAGGAUGAAGGUCAAAGGGUGCAACCCUGACAUUGUUCAUUAUAACACUGUUAUAUUGGGGUUCUGUAGAGAAGGGCGUGCUCACGAUGCUUGCAAGGUUAUUGCUGACAUGCGGGCCAAUGGGUGCUUGCCUAAUCUCGUGUCUUAUCGUACUUUGGUGAGUGGUUUGUGUCACAUGGGAAUGCUUGAUGAGGCUGGUAAGUAUGUGGAGGAAAUGCUGUCCAAAGGCUUUUCUCCUCAUUUUGCUGUUGUUCAUGCCUUGGUGAAGGGGUUUUGCAAUGUUGGUAGGGUUGAGGAGGCUUGUGGAGUUCUCACCAAAUCACUUGAACAUGGGGAAGCUCCUCAUGUGGAUACUUGGAUGGUCAUAAUGCCUGUAGUAUGUGAAGUGGAUGAUGGUGUGAGAAUUGGUGAAGCUUUGGAGGAAGUUCUAAAGAUUGAAAUAAAAGGGCAUACUAGAAUUGUGGAUGCUGGCAUUGGUUUGGAGAACUACUUGAUUAGGAAGAUACAAUCAAAUUCAAGAACAUUUAUCAUAGUUGCACCGGACGAAGAUAACGGCAGCGCCGCCGGUGGCUCAAUAGAUUUCGGCACGGCGGAGGCUGUGGAGUACGUGCGCUCCCUCACCGACGUCGGCGCCAUGACGCGCCUCCUCCAUGAAUGCAUCGCGCACCAGAGAGCGGUGGACGUGGAACUCGACGAGCUUCUCUCCCAGCGCACCGACCUCGACCGCCACCUCCUCCAACUCCAGCGCUCCUCUGACGUCCUCGACAUCGUCAACUCCGACGCCGACUACAUGCUCUCCAACGUCACCUCCACCUCUGACCUCGCCGACCAGGUCAGCCGCAAGGUCCGCGAGCUCGACCUGGCGCAGUCGCGCGUCCGCUCCACGCUCCUCCGUAUCGACGCCAUCGUCGACCGCGCCAACUCACUCGAAGGCGUCCACCGCGCCCUCGACGCUGAGGACUACGAGUCCGCCGCGCGCUACGUCCAGACCUUCCUCCAGAUCGACGCGCAGUACAAGGAUUCCGGCUCCGAUCAGCUCCAGAGGGAUCGCCUCUUAGCCGCUAAGAGGCAGUUGGAAGGAAUCGUACGGAAGAAGCUCUCCGCCGCCGUCGAUCAGCGCGACCACCCCGCCAUUCUCAGGUUCAUUCGGCUCUUCACCCCGCUGGGUGUGGAGGAGGAGGGUUUGCAGGUGUACGUUGGGUACUUGAAGAAGGUGAUUGCGAUGAGGUCGAGAAUGGAGUUUGAGCAAUUGGUGGAUACGAUGGACCAGCGGGAUGUGAAUUUUGUUGGGUGUUUGACCAAUUUGUUUAAGGACAUUGUGCUGGCUAUUGAGGAGAAUAGUGAGAUCUUGAGUGGUCUUUGUGGGGAGGAUGGUAUUGUGUAUGCCAUCUGUGAGCUUCAGGAGGAGUGUGAUUCUCGCGGUUCUGCGAUUUUGAACAAGUACAUGGAGUAUAGGAAGUUGGCUAAGUUGUCAUCUGAGAUAAAUGCACACAACACCAAUUUGCUUGCUGUUGGAGGAGGUCCUGAGGGUCCAGACCCAAGAGAGGUUGAGCUUUAUUUGGAAGAGAUUCUCUCCCUUAUGCAGCUUGGUGAAGAUUACACUGAGUUCAUGAUUUCAAAGAUCAAAGGACUUACUUCUGUUGAUCCUGAAUUGCUGCCUCGUGCCACCAAGGCUUUCCGGAGUGGCAGUUUCAGCAAGGUGGCGCAGGAUUUAACUGGCUUUUAUGUCAUUUUGGAGGGAUUUUUCAUGGUGGAGAAUGUCAGGAAAGCAAUAAGGAUUGAUGAACAAGUGCCUGAUAGCCUUACCACUUCUAUGGUGGAUGAUGUGUUUUAUGUCUUGCAGAGUUGCCUGCGGAGGGCAAUAUCCACUUCCAAUAUCAGUUCUGUUGUUGCAGUUUUGAGUGGUGCCAGUAGUUUGCUUGGUAAUGAGUAUCAUGAAGCCUUGCAGCACAAAAUAAGAGAGCCAAACCUUGGUGCAAAAUUGUUCUUUGGUGGCGUUGGUGUGCAAAAGACCGGGACUGAAAUUGCAACAGCUUUGAAUAAUAUGGACGUUAGCAGUGAAUAUGUUCUCAAGCUAAAACAUGAAAUUGAAGAACAGUGUGCUGAGGUGUUUCCUGCACCAGCUGAUCGAGAAAAGGUAAAAUCUUGUUUGACUGAGUUGUCAGAUAGCAGUAAUGCUUUCAAACAAGCCUUGAAUGCUGGCAUAGAACAACUUGUGGCAACCAUUACACCUCGAAUACGACCGGUAUUAGAUAGUGUAGGAACAAUCAGCUACGAGCUUUCAGAGGCUGAGUAUGCAGAUAAUGAGGUGAAUGACCCAUGGGUUCAGAGACUUCUCCAUGCUGUUGAGACUAAUGUGGCAUGGCUGCAGCCACUAAUGACUGCAAACAAUUAUGAUACAUUUGUUCAUUUGGUUAUUGAUUUCCUUGUGAAAAGGCUAGAAGUCAUUAUGAUGCAGAAAAGAUUUAGUCAGCUAGGUGGUCUUCAGCUUGACAGAGACGCUAGAGCUUUGGUAAGCCAUUUCAGUGUGAUGACACAAAGAACUGUUAGGGACAAGUUUGCACGUCUUACUCAAAUGGCAACAAUUCUAAAUUUAGAAAAGGUGUCUGAGAUUCUAGAUUUCUGGGGUGAGAACUCUGGACCUAUGACCUGGAGAUUAACUCCAGCAGAGGUUAGGCGCGUAUUGGGUCUGCGAGUUGAUUUUAAACCAGAAGCAAUAGCUGCUCUGAAGUUGUAAUAUCCGUUUAUAUGGUCUCUUCACAUUUUUUUGUUUAUCCUUUUUUUAUUUUUCAUCUGAUAAGUAUUACAGCUUCAUUCUUGUUACAAUUUUGGUGUUUGGGGGAAGUUACCAAACAGUUACAUAAUGUGAUUUGCUUUGCUAGCUUCAAAACCAAAAGAAUAAGCAAGAUACUUCUGAUUUGCCACCCGAGGCCAAGAUAACACUUGUGUUAUACAGGAGCAUCUUGUGUGAAACAAUCAUCGCUCCUCAUUAGCCAGUUUCCAAUUUUGAAUCUUUGUAUUUUUAAUUUUGUAAAUCAUGAUUGAGACUUUUAGUUCAUGUUUGUUUGGUUAAGUUCGUUCAUAGCUUUUUUA